ACGGAAACCAUUUUCAUCAUCACUGUCGCCAUCAACAUCACCCUCGCCGGAAAUCAUCAAAACCCAUCAAAAGUUGAAAAAUCAUCACCAUCGCCAUCAUCAUCACCCUCGCCGGAAAUCAUCAAAACCCAUCAAAGCUCAACAUCAUCACCAUCGCCAUCAUCAUCAACGCAUAAAUCAUCUUUCAUCGCCAUCAUCCUCGCCGGAAAUCAAAGCCCAACAUCACUGUAUCAUCAUUAUCAUCAAAAUGAAACGAAAUCAGGUUACCCUGAUUCAUCUAUCAAGCUUCAUAGUCAUGAAGCAAAAGCCUUUGCUGCUAAAAGGAAAGAAUCUUUUGGUAGCAAUGUUCUUUACUAUGAUAGACAAGCCAUUGCAUUGAAUGAAGCUGAUGCAUUAGGAUACAGAACAUGCAGAGAAAUUGAAGGACCUUUUUUUGAUUACAUUCAGAAACAGUUUAAUAAACCGGUUCUUACUUCAGGACCGGUUAUACUUGAAAACCCAAAUUCUGUUUUGGAUGAAAAAUGGGCUAAUUGGCUUGGUGGAUUCAAAACAGAUUCAGUUGUUUAUUGUUGUUUUGGAAGUGAAUGUAUUUUAAGGCCAAAUCUAUUUCAAGAAUUAAUGUUUGGUCUUGAGUUAACCGGUAUGCCAUUUUUUGCAGCAUUGAAACCUCCUUUUGGUUUUACAACAAUUGAAGAAGCAUUACCAGAAGGGUUUUUAGAAAGGGUUGAAGGAAGAGGUGUUGUUUAUGGUGGUUGGGUUCAACAACAGUUGAUUAUGGAACACCCUUCUGUUGGAUGUUUCAUUACACACUGUGGUUCAGGUUCUUUGUCUGAGGCAUUGGUGAAUAAAUGUCAAUUGGUUUUGUUGCCAAAUGUUGGUGAUCAGAUAUUGAAUGCUAGAAUGAUGGGAAAUAAUUUGAAAGUUGGUGUGGAAGUUGAGAAAUGUGAAGAUGGAUUGGAUACUAAGGAUAGUGUUUGUAAAGCUGUUAGUAUUGUGAUGGAUGAUGAGAAUGAAAUUAGUAAGGAAGUAAAGGCUAAUCAUGAAAAGAUUAGAGAGAUGUUGCUUAAUGAAGAUCUCGAGUCAUCUUAUAUUGAUGAUUUCUGCAAGAAGCUUCAAGAGAUUGUUUUGGAAAAUAAUUGAUUUAUCUUUAUGGAGUAUAACAUGGUCAGUCAUUACCAUCGUUUCAGUUUGGGAGUCGGUUUGUAUGGAUUUUGUCUCUCUUUUGAUAGGUAUGCUUGUAAAGAAAUUAUGUUAUGUCGAGGCUUCAAAUUUGAUAGCAAAUUUUGCUAUCUUUCAAUUGAAAGUAUAAAAUUGAUUACUACUUUAGUUUCCCUUAUACUAUCAUACUAGUGGAAUAUUGAAAGAUUAAAAAGGAUUGCUAUUUUGUUUUUUUUUUUUUUUGUUACAAUUGCUACUUUACUUGAUUGUAUAUACUUGCUUGAUAGUCUUCUAUGAGAAACCAAAAUACUUGUCUAAUGGUUUUGUAAUAGAACAUUAUUAUUGUUAAAUGAUUUUAUAUAAAGAUUAUACACUGAAAC